UGGUCAAACGGGACGCUCCCGAAUAAACGCAUUUCUUGAAAUUAGUAACUAGGCGAGGAGAUUGGCACAAUUUUUUCUUCCUCUAACCUGAUAUGUCACAGGAACUCCACGCGUGCCUUGUCCGCUAUUUCGCACGUUUACAGAAGUUGGAUGAAAAAUGGAAAGAAUUAUCGGCGAAAGCUGAAAGACCGCUUGAGGCUCUAGCUAAUCAAGCCGAACAAUUUCGACACGUUGCAAAUGUAAACAUAAACGAAACAGAAAAUGACAUGGAUGGAGAAACGCGGGAAAGAUUGAUGUUCAAAAUUCUUAUGGGCCUCGAAGAUGAAAUUGCGCUUCUCCAGGAUAUCUUGACACAAUUUAAUGACGCGAAUCAGGAUUUAAAAAAUUAUUUGAUCAAAUUGGAAAAUGCCAGGAGCCAAGUAUCCCUCAAGGAUGAAACAAUGCAAGAAUUAAUUAAGGGAACGUCUUAUCGACCAAAACUUAAUCUACUUUUAGAAUGGGCUGUGGAAAGUUUCCAGUUCUAUCAUAACAUGUAUCUUCGUAUCAGGGAUUGCAUGAAAUCUAUCGAUUAUAAAAUGGAAGAGACUAUCGAUAAUUUGAUCUCCUCCUUUGUGGAAGAACAGCGUGGGAGGAGGAAUAUAUAUAAGAUACUCGCUUUUACACAGUUCCUUGCUAAGGAGGCUCUUCGUUAAAAAAUUGGAAAUAUAUGAAUGAAACUUAAAAAAAUCAAACAAAAAUACCUUAUAUCCUUAAAGGUAUUAUAUAUUUUAUGGAAGACUACUUUUAUAAUAAAUAUUUUUUUAUAAAUG